AUUUCACAUUGAUUGAUGUGGGGACACCAGCCACAAUGAGGAACUCCUCUACCUUUCUGACAGCCACUCUCUCGAUUGUCGUUUUUCUCCUAAUUCCUGAAGAUCUCUGUGAAAAAAUUAUUGGAGGAAAUGAAGUGACUCCUCAUUCAAGACCCUACAUGGUGCUACUUAAGGGGGAAAAUACCUGUGCUGGAGCUUUGAUUGCCAAAGACUGGGUAUUGACUGCAGCUCACUGUGACCUGAACCGGAAAACCCAGAUCAUUCUUGGGGCUCACUCAAUAACCAAGAAAGAGCCUGAAAAACAGACCAGGUUCAUUAAGAAAGAGUUUCCCUAUCCGUGCUAUGACCAGGACACACGUGAAGGCGAUCUUAAGCUUCUAAAGCUGGACAAAAAAGCAACACUUAAUAAAAACGUGGCCAUCCUUCAGCUCCCAAAAGUAGGCAGUGAUGUGAAACCAGGAACUGCGUGUCGAGUUGCAGGGUGGGGAAAGUUUCACAAUAAUUCCCCUCUGUCCGAUAUUUUGAGAGAAGUCAAUGUCACUAUCAUAGACAGAAAAAUCUGCAAUGAUCAGUCACACUAUAAUUAUAAACCUGUGAUUGGACUGAAUAUGAUUUGUGCUGGAAGCCUCCAAGGUGGAAAAGACUCCUGCGAGGGAGAUUCUGGAAGCCCUCUGAUAUGUGAAGGCACUUUCAGAGGCAUCACUGCCUUCGGCAUGCAGGGGAAAUGCGGAGACCCUCGAGGGCCCGGCGUCUAUAUCCUUCUCUCAAAGAAACACCUCAACUGGAUAGUUAAGACUAUGAAGCAAGCGGUUUAGAUACUUGUACUUCAUUUGCUGUCACUUUAAAAAAAAUGUUAUUGAAGUAUAGUUGAUUUACAAUGUUGUAUUAGUUUCAGGUGUACAGCAAAGGGAAUCAGAGUUACACAUAUAUCCACUCUUUUUUUAAGAUUCUUUUCCUAUAUAGGCCAUUACAGGGUAUUAAAUAAGAGUUCCCUGUGCUACAUAGCAAGUUCUUAUUAGUUACCUAUUUUAAAUAAAUUGAUAGUAGUGUGUAUAUGUCAGUACCAAUCUCUCAAUAUAUCACUCCCCCCAUCCCUGAUAACCUUAAGUUUGUUUUCUACAUCUGUGACUGUACUUUUGUUUCAUCGAUAAGUUCAUUUUACCCUUUUUUUUCAAUUCCACAUACAUGUGAUAUCAUAUGAUAUUUGACCUUCUGUGUCUGACUUACUUCACUCAGUAUGACAAUCUCUAGGUCCAUCCAUAUUGCUGCAAAUGACAUUACUUUGCUCUUUUUCAUGGCUGAGUAAUAUUCCAUUGUGUAUAUGUACCACAUCUUUAUUAUCCAUUCCUCCGAUUGACAUUUAGGUUGCUUCCAUGUCCUGGUUAUUUUUAAGUGGUGUUGCAGUGAACAUUGGGAUGCAUCUAUCUUUUUGAAUUACGGUUUUCUUCAGAUAUAUACCCAGUGCUGUCAUUUCUUAAUUUCAUCAUAAAUAAAAUCAACUUCUAUCACUG